CGCCUCCCAACCUCCCCUCUUCUUCCUCGCCAACAACGACCUCCUCCUCCUCACCAGAGAAAAAGAAAGGGAAGCAGGCAAGGUGGAGUAGCUAGGAACCAUGUCCAACGUGCCCACCUCCCUCCGCGACUCCUCCCUCACCGUCUUCCGCCUCGCCAUCUCCAGCUCCGACCCCUGGCCCUUCUCUUCCUAACCCAAACCCCGCCUCCCGAUCUCCCUCCCCCCUCCUCCUCCUUCCUCAACAACUCUUCUCCGGUCCUCGCCGCCUCCGAUGCACCUCAGGCAGCAGCAGCAGCAGCAGCACAGGGCGGAGAUGGUUGCGCCCAAGGGGUGCGUGACGGUGCGCGUGGGGGCGGACGGGGAGGAGCAGCGCCGCUUCGCCGUGCCGCUCGACCACCUCAAGCACCCGCUCUUCGGGGCGCUGCUCGACGAGGCCGAGCGCGAGUACGGCUUCAGGCACCAGGGCGCCAUCGCCAUCCCCUGCCGCGUCGACCGCUUCGUCCACGUCGAGCGCCUCAUCGACCGCGACCUCGGCGCGCACGGCCACCAGCUCGUCGACCUCGACUGCGGCGCCGCCACCGCCCACGCCCACGGCCACCUCCACCUGCCGCGCUUCGUCGGCUGCUUCCGCGCGUGACGGUGACGAUGGCGACGCGUCGUCGGCCGCUGGAUCUCUUGCUGUUUCUUUGUUAGGGUUGGUUGGUUGAGUAGUUCUCUCCCGUAUGCUGCUGGAUAGUUUGUUUCGCCCUCCGGUCUCGAUCGAUCUCCCGUACGUAUGGGUUUGUUAUGCAUGGUUGUUCUCCAUUGGUUUGGUUUGUGCUGGCUGGGAGAAUCGAUCGGAGGACGAAUUCCAUGUUGAUGAUGAUGAUGAAAAAUUAUGAUCCAAGUGUAAAGAGAUAAUGUAAUUGUUAGUAGCUUAUUAAUCCUCUCCUUUUUUCCUUCAUCAA